AUGGGUGGCGGCAGCGUGCUGGGUGGUCACGGCACACUGAUGAGCACGGCGGGCAUGAGCAAUAGUACGGUCGGUGGCGGCGGUAUGUCUGGCAUGGGAGCUCCUCCUGGCAGCUUGUUACAACAGGGCGGUGUUGGCGCCAAUGGCGGUGCACCCGGUAAUGUUUACGGCAAUGUCAAUGGUGGCGGUGUUGGCGGUGUUGGGGGUGUUGGUGGCGCCGGCGUUGGCGGUGGGCAAAGCACAGCGCCCGGUUCGGUUAUCGAUUCGCGAGCUGUAUCCGUGGUGGUUACUCUGCCCGGCGGGCCGGGCUCCCAACAUCCGGGGCAGGCGUUGAGCGACUAUGGUCCCAUAUAGUUAAUGGUACGCCCGGACACCGCGCACUGGGUCUCAACGAGUAGCUUCAGCCAGCUGUAAGAGCGCAGUUGUCAGCUCCAGCACCUGAACGAAGUCUCAUUCUACUCUAAACAUCUCUUGAUCUCUAUCUCUGUCUCAUUUCUCUGUGCUGCACUAUUAGCUAUUUCUUUUUCAGAGGUUUGAAAAGCAAAGCCAUAUUAAUUUUUUGUAGCCGUAGUUUGUUUACAGAGUUUGAACUAUUUGCGUAACAUUCUAGUCGAAAAAAUAAACAAAAAGCCUUUGAAAAAUGUUAAAGCGCUCAGAAGAACGAAUAAGAGAAAGAGACCGAGAGAGAGAGAGCGAGAAAGUUGAAGCGCAAGUUACCGUUAGCCAGGCGCGUUUGUUCUGCAGCCUCCCCCAUUUAAAGCAUCUGUUCUUUUUUGGUUCUUUCCAUUAGUUUCUUCAACGAAAUAGACUGAGAAAACAAAAUGAUAAGUAAAUACAAUACACAUAACAAAUAGAAAUCGCGAAGAAGAGAACAACAAAAGAGAGCUAAAGCGAAAGAAUAAACUCUGCCCACACUGCCAAGUCAGAGCCACGAGCCAUAUUUCGAAAUUACAAGUAACUUUUAAUCAAACUACCUAAACUAUUAACCUUAAACCUAAACCUAAAGCUAUACCUAAACCUUAAACAUAGAGAAAACAAAAAACAAAACACAUAUUUCGAAUUCGCAUUCGCAUAGAAAACUACGAUUAGUAAGGGUUGUCGCAGUAUCAGAAUGAGAGAGCGCACAGUGUUGCAAGGAAACCAUUUGUAAAUUAUUUAAUCUAACUUAAGGCAUUAUCCAGCACUAUUUUUUGUACAUAUUUUCAAAUUGCUCUUAGUUUGUAAACGACUUUUUUUAUAACUUACAAUCCUAAACUAAACUAAAAACGUAAACUAAACUAAACGAAAACAAAAACAAAAUAGAAAUAUGAGGACAUCAAACGUAAUUUGCAUUUUAGCGUCACAGGCAGCGCUGCAUUUAAGCUCAAAAAUUGAAUUUAAUUUUUACAAAAAUUCCCUAAAAACACAACAAAAAAAAAACAAAUGAAAAAAUAUAAUAUACGAAAAGUGUAUGGAAGAAGAUUUUGCCAAGUUCAGCUGCAGCCAAACGCAGGGCAUUUUUUGCAUUUAUAAAGCAAAGGAAAAUUGUAUAAAGUAAACAUUUAUAUAAUAGUAUUAAAUAAAUGUAAUGUUAGUUGUAAACGGAAAUCCCCAAAAAAACGAAAAAAUAUCUUUCAAGCAUUAAAAACUAUUGUAUUUUUAUUUAAUAUUUGCAUAUAUUUAUAUAUAUUAAUAUAUAAAUAUGAUGAUGUAAGGAAAAGCGACAAUUUAACUGUUGGCAUUUUAAAACCCGCAUCACAUACGAAAGAAAACAAAAACAAAGCAAAACAAUUAUAUAAUAAAUUAUAUAAUAUAGCGUAGAAACUAUGUGUGUAAUGUUUUAGCAACUAUAACUAUUUCUAUAAACAAAAACAAAAAAAAAAAAACGAAAACAUGAAAAGUUGUAAUAAAAAUUAUUUAAAAAAACACAAAUUUAUCUUAUGAGUUCUUCAUUUCUGUAUUAUUUCUUUAUUUCAUUUUAAACGUAAGUUUAUUAUUUCAGCGUAUUUCAACUUUUAAUAAGGAUGUUUGCAUGCUUGCUUUAUUUAUAAUUCUGUUUAAAUUUGUUUAACUUUUAGCAUUUACACGAGAACCCUCAACACUUAUACGUAUCAUAAAAACGAAGCUCUCCAAGUUAAGCGAACAAAAGAACAAACGAUAAGCAAAAAAACCAAAAAGUAAACAUUAAUUAGCAAAUUUCUCUAAAUGACGUACAAUGUUUAAUAUACAUACAUAUAAUGAAAAGUAAAACAAUAACAAAUUACCAAAUACGAAAUACGAAAAUACAAGAUACGCGUACUAUUCGAUGUUGUUAAUAAGCUUAAUGAACAAAUAAAAAAAAAAUAAACAUAAAGAAUAUUGCUAGCCAGUAGCAUUUAGUUUGCGAGGAAUUUGUGCGAAAUCUUUAAAGAAUUUCUCACAUUUCGGCGUUUUACAUUUUAGUUUUGGGCGUAAAUAGUAAACGCUUUUAUCAAGAAAGUAAAAUUAAUAAAUCAUUAUAAAGUAAAAUAUACUUAUUAAAGGCUAAAGAGUGUAACGAAUAUACGUAAAUGACAACCAGUCAAAAGGCAAAUGUAAAAACAAAAAACAAAAAAAAAAAAAACAGAAAAA